UUCUUCCCUUUCACCUACAGGACAUUGUUGGCAUCCACACACGUUAACCACAACAUCUACAUCACGGAAGUGAAGACUGGGCGUUGUAUUCAUUCUCUGGUGGGUCAUCGCCGUACUCCAUGGUGUGUGACCUUUCACCCUACCAUCCCAGGCCUCAUUGCAUCUGGUUGCCUUGAUGGGGAAGUGCGAAUAUGGGAUUUACAUGGCGGCAGUGAGAGCUGGUUUACAGAUAGUAACAACGCCAUUGCAUCCCUGGCCUUCCACCCCACAGUUCAGCUGCUGCUCAUCGCCACCGCUAAUGAAAUCCAUUUUUGGGAUUGGAGUCGGCGAGAACCCUUUGCUGUAGUGAAGACGGCCAGUGAGAUGGAGCGUGUGCGAUUGGUACGAUUUGAUCCCCUUGGGCAUUAUCUUCUUACUGCUAUUGUAAACCCAUCUAACCAGCAGAGUGAUGAGGAGUCAGAGAUUUCCCUGGACAGUGCGGAGAUCCCCAUCUACCGUCAGCGAUCGUUGCUACCCACUCAGCCAGUACGACGUACUCCGUUGCUCCACAACUUCCUGCACAUGCUGUCAUCCCGCUCCUCCAGCACACAAGCUGGAGAGCAGCCUCCUGUACAAGACUCGGCCACACCGUCACCUCCUCCACCACCGCCUCCCCCUCCACCUACAACAGAGAGCAACCAAAGGCUCUUAUAUUCCCGUAUGCGUGAGCGGGCCCCCGGUGUGACUGCUCCAUGCUGCCAAGACCCCAAUAUGCUGUGCCUCUGCAUCCGUUGCUCUAGUGCUCGGCUGUCUUCGCCUCUCUUCCCUCACCCUGAAGCGCCUGGUGCUCCCUCUACUUCUUCAGGGGUGACCUCUACUUCUUAUUCGCCAGUACAGACGGACUCCCAGCAUUCUCUGGAGCGCCAGCAGCACCAAUCAUCUGCCCAGCACGAUCAUGGACUUCUAAGCCGACCUUCUGCCUUUAGCAGUGUACACAGUAGUACAGCCGGUAAUACACUGCGCAAUCUGAGCCUGGGACCUACACGCCGCUCCCUUACAGGGCAGCUGUCCCGCUACCAGCAGCCUUCAACAGAGAUUGCUGGUUCUGAUUGGACUCGCACUGUAUUGAACAUGGGAACCAGGCCUGAAACGGAACCCAUGCCUCCUCCCAGAACCAGUGCUGCAUCUGUAGGUUUUUUGUCUGUCUUGCGCCAACAGGAAGGAGAGUCCUCUUCAUCUGUAUAUACUUCAGCUACCGAAGGGAGAGGAUUCCCAAGCACAGAGCAGGAGGGCCCAGGAGCUCCGCCACCUGUCCACCCCACCUCUGCCCGAACAGAUUUGCAGUGUGACCUUAGGCGCUUUUUCCUGGAGUACGAUAGGUUGCAUGAGCUUGAACCUGGAGCACCAGGCACACAGCAGGGACAGGCGCAUGAGAUGCUCAAUAAUAACCUGGAGCCUGAGCAGCCGGGCACCUCCCACCAGCCGAAUCAGGCACACAGUGGUGAGAGCAGCUCCAACCAGCCUAGAGGACACUUGAAUCGCUGCCGUGCAUGCCACAAUCUGCUGACCUUCAACAACGACACUCUGCGCUGGGAAAGGACGCCACCAGCUUAUCCCGAGGCAGCAGGCACAUCAUCCUGGCAAUCUCCACCUGUCCCUUCACCUAGUACUUUCCAAGCUGGCCUGACAGCUGGCAGCACAGAGCAGCCUGGGACAUCCGGGGUGGAUAGAACAGAUAUAGGAAGUGUGCCAGGUGGCACUAGUUCCCGUUUGGAACCUGGGACAUCACAGGAAGAGAGAACAGUGGGUGUAGUGUAUAACCCUGAGACUGGACACUGGGAGCGGGUCUACAGUCAGCCUGCCACAGUCACCAGAGCGCCGAAUGUAUCCCAAGAAGCCUUACCGCAGGAUCUGCCAGAGGAGAGUACAGAGGAGGAUUCUUUGAGAAGGAGGCUUCUGGAAUCCUCACUGAUCUCUCUGUCCCGCUAUGAUGGCACUGGUUCCCGAGAACACCCCAUUUACCCUGACCCUGCCAGGUUGUCUCCAGCUGCUUAUUACGCACAAAGAAUGAUCCAGUACCUAUCGCGGAGGGACAGUAUCCGACAGCGCUCUAUGCGCUACCAACAGAAUCGCCUGAGGUCCUCUGCAUCGGCCCCUUCCUCCAGCGAAGGCCAGAGCGCUGUGGAAGCUGGUGACCUGGAAUUUGAGGAGUUUGAGGAUAAUGGGGACCGAUCCCGGCACAGGACCCCUCGGAACGCCCGCAUGUCUGCUCCAUCACUGGGCCGCUUUGUUCCCAGGAGAUUUCUACUGCCUGAAUACCUUCCAUAUGCUGGAAUUUUCCACGAGCGAGGUCAGCCGGGACUUGCCACGCACUCCUCUGUGAACAGAGUCCUGGCGGGUGCCGUCAUUGGAGAUGGGCAGUCUGCUGUUGCCAGUAAUAUUGCAAACACAACUUACAGAUUGCAGUGGUGGGACUUCACUAGAUACGAUUUGCCAGAGAUCAGUAAUGCUACGGCUAACGUGCUUGUUCAGAACUGCAAGAUCUACAAUGAUGCCAGUUGUGAUAUCUCUUCUGAUGGGCAGCUCCUUGCUGCCUUCAUCCCAAGCAGUCAGCGAGGAUUCCCAGACGAAGGCAUAUUGGCGGUGUAUUCCUUGGCUCCGCACAACCUAGGUGAAAUCCUUUUCACCAAGCGUUUUGGUCCCAAUGCUAUCUCUGUGAGUUUGUCCCCGAUGGGCCGGUACGUUAUGGUUGGCCUGGCCUCGCGUAGAAUCCUGCUGCAUCCUUCCACAGAACACAUGGUGGCUCAGGUCUUCCGGCUGCAGAAACCACACGGAGGAGAGACGUCUAUGAGGCGUGUCUUUAACGUGUUGUACCCGAUGCCUGCUGACCAAAGGCGACACGUCAGCAUCAACUCAGCUCGCUGGUUGCCUGAGCCUGGACUGGGAUUAGCGUAUGGUACCAACAAGGGAGACCUGGUGAUCUGCCGGCCAGAGGCAUUUGACAAUGUGUGUGACCAGUUUUGGGAGCAAAUGAAUGAGGCUAUUCUACAGCAUAACACUACUCGGAGCAGCGAGAGACCUGGGACCAGCCGUGCCACGUGGCGGUCAGACCGUGAUUUGGGUCUGAUGAAUGCCAUUGGACUCCAGCCACGCAAUCCAAGCACAUCGGUGACAUCCCAGGGCACGCAGACCCCCGCCCCACAGUUGCAGAAUGCGGAGACUCAGACAGAAAGGGAGGUUCCAGAGGCUCGACCUGCUGUCUCAGUCUCUGAAGGCUCCAGUAUUGAGCAGGUGGCACAGCCUGGCAGCUCCACCAGUGAGGUGGGAAAUAGGGCAGAGUCACAAGAAGGGAAUGUGGAGUCUUCAGAGAUACCUGCAUCAGGCGAGGGACAGGAGGACGCUCUGAGCAGAAUCCAGCGACUUAUGGCAGAAGGAGGGAUGACCGCAGUGGUCCAGAGGGAGCAGAGCACAACAAUGGCAUCGAUGGGGGGAUUCGGCAACAACAUCAUCGUGAGCCACCGAAUCCACCGCAGCUCCCAGACGGCAACGGACACCGCCUCGCGCACCUCCGCCUCGCGCACCUCCGCCUCGCACUCUGCACAGCCCUCCACGUCUAGAGAGACCGUAGCAGAGCUGGAAAGGCGCCUAUCUCCACUUCAGCCAAGCCGUUCCCUACUGCCAGAGCCAGUGCCGUUGACCAAUAACGACGGCGACCUUAACGCGUGGCCUCCGAACAGUGGCAGCUUUCCGGGCGUGGAGAGGUAGAAACGCAGAGCCGCCAAACUGGUACUGCUGUAAGGACAGAUCACCCCCUCCCCCCCCACCUCCUGUUCACGGUGGGGGGGGCUUUCGAGCUGUGGAUUAUGGUGCUAUACACUUUCAGUGAAAUUUUAUUUGAUAGCUGACCUUCUCCACCAGUGUGUGGAGGGAAGGUGCAGAGAAGUGUAAAAUCGCAGCUGACCUUUAUCACACUGCCCCCCCUCUCUUCCCAUUCUACUUUGUAUAGCAAAGAGACACCCCCAGAUCGCCCUUUAAGAAAGGGUUUGAGGCUUAUACUCUUCCCUCGGCUCCCUUGAAGGUGAACCUGAAGAAGAGUUUUAUCCAUUAGAAUCCUCCUUCCCAUUAGUAUUUUUUUUUUUGUUGUUGUAGUUUUCAAAGCUAUAUAUUGGUCAUGGCGGGGGAAACUAGCACUAACCUUCCCCCUGUCAAGUGCAAGGAGCUGCUAUAAGACUGUUACUGCCCUUGCUUUGACUGAAGUUCAAGGAGGGAUGCAUGCACUACAGGGAAGGGUGAGGCCUAUAAAGCCGCCUCUCCUCCAUGCCAGGCUUGCGUGUCCUGGUGCUCCGCACCUCCAUUUUAGACGCAGCGAUGCACGCUGGCGACCAGUUGUCUCCACCACAUGCACCCAGAGUGGCAUCUGUUUUCAGUAAAGACGUAGUCAUUCUCCUGCAGUGGUCACAAGCCCAUAAUCAGCCCCAUUUACUACAGUGGUUUGCCCAGUUGCCAAACCGUUUCCGAAAAAUGCUGCGGUUACAGUUUUCAGAUGUGCUUUUGUUUUGUUUCUUUAACCCUCUUUUGCAGUUGUGACCUGUGCUUCUUCUUUUGCAGGUCUGAACCAAUGUUUUUUUCUUUUUCUGCCCUUUUCGUAAAUGUGUGUGUCUGAUUCUGAUGGAUAACCCUAACCUUCCCCCCUCCUUGCAUUGUGUGAGUAUGUCACCCCAGGUCCUUGCCCAUAG